AUGUCAAACCUCUACAAAAUUGGAAGUGAGACAAAAAAUACAAUUAAAAAGUUUCGUACAUCCACAGCAAGAGCUAACUCGAUAAAAGCUCUAUCAAUUAAGAUCGAACCAAAACCGUCCUAUGAAAUAGUUAUUGAUGAAGACGAACAAGAAGAACUAGAUGUAAUGGAAGAUCUAACAGAAUUAGCGGAGAUCUUGCCUGAUAAUUCACCUCGGUUUCUCCUUACCGCAUAUCCAAUGACAACAAAAGAUGGGAUCAAACAGACCCCUUUAGUUCUAAUUUAUUGGAAGCCAAUGACAGUUGUGUCACAAGAAUGGAAGAUGCUUUAUGCUGGAGCUUUGGAAAUGAUUAGAAACGAGUGUGGUACUUUCAAAUUGUUAGAAGUUUCUUCGGGCCUAGAAGACGACUCUGACGUUGAUGAAUUACGAGAGCAAUUAAAAAGUUGUUAG